UUUUCUUCCAGAUUAGUUCCCCCUCUGAAACUAAGUUUUUACAGCAGAGAUGAAGCCUGGGAAAUCAUCACAUCCAAAGUUUACAAGCAUCAUCAAAAAAAACACUUGUAGGAGCCACCAGCAUUCACAAAGGCUAGCCUUUCUAAUGCAGCAUUAUCAGAGGGACAGGAAGACAUGUGAAGCAGAUAGAUGCUAGACGAAAGACCUCUGAUCAUAUUUGUGACUAAGAAAACAUCAUCUGUGAGGAGAAUGCAGAGGAACUGAGUUUAUAUAGUCUGGAGAAACUGAAGGAUUUACUUGGAGUAAAAGAUCACUGACUUCUACAAUGGAAAAGUCAUGGAUGCUUUGGACCUUUGUUAAAAGAUGGCUACUAGCUUUGGCUUCCUGGUCUUGGAGUCUCUGCCGUAUUUGUCUUUUACCCUUGAUAGUAACUUUUCACUUGUACGGAGGCAUUAUACUACUUAUAUUAAUAUUUGUAUCAAUAGCGGGUAUAUUAUAUAAAUUCCAGGACGUGCUGCUUUACUUUCCUGAACAGCCCUCUUCGUCACGCCUUUAUGUUCCUAUGCCUACUGGUAUACCACAUGAAAAUAUCUUCAUCAAAACCAAAGAUGGAGUUCUUCUCAAUCUUAUUCUGCUGAGAUACACCGGGGACAAUGCAGCGUAUUCUCCAACCAUCAUUUAUUUUCAUGGGAAUGCAGGCAACAUUGGCCACAGGUUGCCAAAUGCUUUGUUAAUGCUGGUGAACCUGAAAGUAAACUUAAUUCUUGUCGAUUAUAGAGGGUAUGGAAAAAGUGAAGGAGAAGCAAGUGAAGAAGGUUUGUACUUAGAUUCUGAGGCUGUGUUAGACUAUGUGAUGACUCGGUCUGAUCUUGAUAAAACAAAAAUUUUUCUUUUUGGCCGUUCCUUGGGGGGAGCAGUAGCUAUUCACUUAGCUUCUGAAAAUUCCCAUAGGAUUUCUGCCAUCGUGGUGGAGAACACCUUUCUUAGCAUCCCAUACAUGGCCAGCACUUUGUUUUCUUUCUUUCCAAUGAGAUAUCUUCCUUUAUGGUGCUACAAAAAUAAAUUUCUGUCCUACAGAAAAAUCGCUCAGUGCAGAAUGCCUUCUCUCUUCAUCUCUGGGUUGUCUGACCAGUUAAUUCCACCAGUUAUGAUGAAGCAACUUUAUGAAUUAUCCCCAGCUCGGACUAAGAGAUUGGCGAUAUUUCCUGAUGGAACUCAUAAUGACACUUGGCAGUGCCAGGGUUAUUUCACUGCACUUGAACAGUUCAUCAAAGAAGUAAUAAAGAGUCACUCCCCUGAAGAAAUGGCGAAAACAUCAUCUAACGUAACAAUAAUAUAAUUGAUAUUCUUCUUUGGGGUGGGGGGCGUACCUGCACUGUACCUUAAUUUGUAAGAAGUGGUAAAAGAAUGUCCAUUUUUAAAUGUAUGUCAUGUGUGUACUUGCCUAAAGAGUGAAAUUAAACUUGGAAAGGUCUGAUGCUUUAUUAAGAUGUUUCAGAUAACUUUUACAUUUGCAGCAUUGUAAAUGAACCAUUUUGUCUUCUUCGUACUUUUUUGGUAUCUCUGUCCAUAUAUUCCAUUUGUUUGAUAUGUACAACGGAUGCUAUUAAAGGAACUUGCUACAAAAGUAGUACAGAUUGUAUUAGUUUAGAACAACGGGAGGCUCUUUAUUCACUGCUGUAUGUGUGAGCUUUUUGGGCAGUCAUGGUUAGCACAAUGAUUUGUUGCUUCUCUUAGAGUUUAUUUAAAGUGUGCCAUGCAUGAGAUUAGUGUUUUAUUCCUUGAAAUUUUAUAUUAUGCAGGGUGGGAAGUCUUUAAUGUGCUAAAUAAUAUAACAUUAAUGGUAGAGUAUACUUGCAGGUAUACUAUCCUGGGUUAUUACUGGGUUUUAUGGUUAUGCAUACAUACAUAUUUCAAACUGCAGCUGCAGAGGAAAAGACACUUUCCCUGUUUCCAUUUUACUAUUUGUAUUAUAAUAGUGCCCGGAAAGUUGUAUGUGCCUAAACAUCAUGGCUUCAGGAUUUUGCUCAGGCAAUUUCUUCAUAGAAAAUAGAAGUAACCUUCAAAAAGAGAGCAGUGCGAUCUAAGCUCCUUCCGCCCCAAGCCCUCCUCA